UGGAGGCUGAGGCUACAGCGGUGAGAGAACUUGCCAGGCUUCCGCAGCAAGGCGGGGCCACAGCGGGGGCCAGAACAAGGCUCCCUCCUCCCCAUUGGGAGGUCAAGCUAGGGCUCCGCGAGGCCCACAACAACCCCCACGGGGACACGGUGACGCCGCGCCGCGGAAUGCACGGGGGCCGCCCAGACGCGGCCGCCGCCCUCCACUUCCGCCCCUCAGAAGCAUGGCGGCCCCGCGGCCAAUCCCGGAUUGGACGCUGGCCGCCGCCCCUAGCCAGAAGGCGACCGCGAUUGGCCGAGGGCUAGGUGACGUCAGGGGGCGGGAUGCGGGUGGUGAAUGGGGGCCGCAUGCCGCCGCCCGGCCUCUUGCGCGCGGGCCUGUGGCUGAGUCGGGCCAUGAGCCGGUGCGUUUUGGAACCCCGGCCCCCGGGGAAGCGGUGGCUGGUGGCCGGCCUGGGGAACCCUGGAAUGCCUCGCACGCGGCACAGCGUGGGCAUGGCUGUGCUGGGGCAGCUGGCGCGGCGGCUGGGUGUGGAGGAGAGCUGGGCGCGCGACCGGCGCUGCGCCGCCGACCUCGCCCUGGCCUCGCUGGGGGAUGCCCAGCUGGUCCUGCUCCGGCCGCGACGGCUCAUGAACGCCAACGGGCGCAGCGUGGCCCGGGCCGAUCGGCAGUAACCAGGGCCACCGUUUCCCUGUGCCAAGCGGAGCUGUUCGGGCUGACUGCGGAGGAGGUCUACCUGGUGCAUGAUGAGCUGGACAAGCCCCUGGGGAAACUGGCUCUGAAGCUGGGGGGCAGCGCCAGGGGCCACAAUGGAGUCCGUUCCUGCAUUAGCUGCCUCAACUCCAACGCAAUGCCGCGGCUAAGGGUGGGCAUCGGGCGCCCGAUGCACCCGGACGCAGUGCAGGCCCACGUGCUGGGCUGCUUCUCGCCCGCCGAGCAGGAGCUGCUGCCUCCAUUGCUGGAGCGCGCCACCGACCUGCUCCUGGACCACAUCCGGGAGCGCAGCCGGGGGCCCUCGUUGGGCCCCUGA